AUGUCCAACUACCCUCCAUACCAAAACAACCCGGUCCAGCGCCGGCCGGUGCCAGGCCAGGCACAACAGCAACAGCAGCAGCCAACCCCGCCACCGGGUACAACCGCAGCGCCACAACCAGCGCCACAGGUACCGGUUCAGGGGCAUGUCCAGGGCCAGGCACCAUACCAACAGCCGACCUACCAGACGCCACAUCCUUACCAUGGCCAACCUUAUCCUCAGCAACAACAGCAAUAUGCACCACCCAAUCCGAACCACCUUGCACCAGGCACCGGCGAGCAUGCUCCGAUACUUCCGCCUCGACCGCCUGGAGGUGCCGGUCCCUUUCUCGCCCAAACCUACAUGAGCUUCCCCCCACCGCCCCGCAGUCCGAACCGUCCUCCUGUCCUCCCUCCUCGACCGCAGGCCUCUCCUCAACUGCAGCAACACCAGCAGCAGCAGUACCAGCAGCAGCCGCCCUACAGCUCUCCUGCUCCCUUUGCCGCGCCUGCACCCGGCUCAUACGCGUACAACCAGCAGGCCUUUGCCCAACAGGCCUACCCGGCUCCGCCUGCCGCUGCCAGUCCUGCGGCCUCGCCCUCCGCUGCGUCCGGCGGACAGCCAACUGUCGCCCACCAGGAAGUCUACUAUCCGCCGCCACCACCUCUGCCACCCCAGCAGCAGCAACAGCCAGUACAAGCCGUUGACCCCAGCGCCGCUGCCACUGGCUACGGCCCCCUUCCUCCUCCUCCUGCUGCCCAGCCGGCCUACGAUCCUCAUGCUGCUCAGCCGACACCGCUUCCGCCGCAAUACACAUCUUCUGUUCAAGGCCAAACCUUUGUUUCUGCUGACAAGCAGCAGACGACAGAGCCUGCUGCUGUCCCUGCCUCUGUUCCUCCUCCGCCGCCGUUUCCUCCCCAAGCUGUCCCUCCUGACGGCCACUCCCAGCAGUAUGGCACACACUACAGCUACUACGAUGCCCAGCAAGCCUACCCUUCUCCUGCGAGCCAUUCGGCUCCCACUGUUUCGCCCCAAGAGACGGCUGCAUCUCCCCUUGCGACCGGCCCCACUGCAGCACCCGCGAAUUCUGGCCACGCCAACGACCCCGUGCAGCAGAUGAACGCAAUGCUGCAAUCUAUGAAUAUAGCGUCUGAGGAAACAACAUCAGCACCACCAUCCGAGCCGGCUGUGUUGCCGGCAUCUACUACUGAGUCGCUCGAGACACCUCACACUGUCCCUCCUGCCCACUCGCCACAGCCAGCGCCAUCCCAAGGGCCACCGCAGCUGGCACAUGCACAACCAGCACCGGCAGCGACUAAGGAGCAAGUCCAUGCUGCCUCUCACCCUCAACCGACCCAAUCCGACCCUGCUCUACAGGAGCAAGCACAAACGUAUACUCCUCAGCAGGUCCGACUACCACCGUCGUCUCCUCACCCGCCUACCCAGCCUGUUGAGCAACCUGCUGCUGCACCUCUGCCUCAACCCGAAUCUCACGACCGAGCUUACCCCGACCCGCAAUAUGCCCAUACCAACUACCCCGAGUCCACGGUUGCAACGACAGCCCCAGUCCAUGCUACCACACCCGCCACCGCCACGCCCGCCCCAGAACCCGCCGCUGCCCCCGUCCUGGAAGCGCCCCGCCAUGUCGAGGUCGAUCCGCCGUUCAAGCCUGUCAUCAGUUGCAUCGAUACCCCCAUGGCGUUCAAUACCUGGUGGUACACCCAUCCCAACGCCCCAGAGGCCUUUAUCUGCAGCAAGUGCUACAUGGACUACCUCUACCCCACCCAGUUCCAGAACCACUUUGGCGCACGCUACUACCGCGACGGCGUCCGCCGCCGCUGCCGCUUCAAGGUCGACCGCAUCACCGACCAGAUCCUGCCCGACGCACAGGCUACGGGUAGUCUGCAGGGCCUCAUCGACUUUAUGAACCAGCGUCUCACCAUCCCCGACUGCAAGAAGCUGGACGGUGCUAAAGGAGGCCAGGGCCUGAAAUGGUUCCGCGCCAAGCACGAUGCCAUUCCGGGUCUAGUCAUCUGCGAGGCCUGUUUCCUGGAUGCCGCCUGCAUCAGUCCCUUCGCCUACAACUUUGAGCUGUCCCCGCCACACGACAACGCCGCUGAAGUCUGGGCGUGCGACUUUGCCGUGCCCUUUAUCCGUAAAGAAUUUGACGAGCGCAGCAAGAGUAAUGACUGGCCCACGUUUUGCAAUGAAGCCAAAGCUCGACUCGGCAUGCUCGCUUGCCCCAAGAGCACCCAGGCCAUGAUCAGCUUGCGAAAGUGGUUCACCCCCGUGCAAGGCCAGGGCCCAACCGAUGCUGUGCUCUGCGCCGCCUGCUACUGCGACCGCGUUUUGAAGACCGGCCAGGAACCGCUGUGGGAGAACAUGCCGCACGACCCCAUCUUCUCGAAAAAGUACACGAGCGACUGCAUUGCCGGCCAGUUCCACAUUCUCAUGGCAUUUUCCGCUGCCGAGGAGAACAAGGCGUGGCCGCUGUUUUGGCGCUCCCUCAACAAGAUGGCCUACGAGGAAAAGACCUGCGCCGCCGCGGGCAUCAAGGACGGCAAGUGGUUCACUCUGCCCUCCCAGCCCGCCGGUUUCCAAGUCUGCGGCGCCUGCUAUGCCGGCAUCCUGGAGUCUCUCAAUGUUGCCCAUUUCUUUGUGCCUCUGAUCCACCGCCCGGCUCCGGACACGGCCGUCGUCUGCUCGCUGAACGUCAAGGCCCCACGCUUCGGCGCCCAAGUCGACAAGCUCUUGGAGACCUGGUUCACACAGGACUGCGCAUCGAUGGACACAUUCAACCAGCGCUACGGUCAGGUCCCGCCGUGCUGCCGCGACGUCGACUACACUAACCGCGGCUGGUACGGCUGGCCCGACUGCACCAUUUGUGCCGAGUGCUACCUCGAAUUCGUCAAGGGCACCGCCCUCGACACACCGGCCGCCAUGCCUAUGCACACACCGCAAAUCAUUGCCGAGGCCUGCAUCUGCGAAAUGUAUAGCCCCCGCAUGCGCGGCCUCUACACCGAAGCCUGUGCUCAGAAACCGCCCAACCCGGCCGCCCUUUUGGCGUACUCGGCCCAGCGCCGUCUCGUGUAUUGGGAGACCAUGCCCAUCUGCCGCAACAUUGUAACGCAGGAAGCCUUCCUGGCCAACAACAUCGCCAUGACCCGCCUGCAGAGCGUCGCCUACACCGCCGGGGGCAACCUGCAAUCCGUUACCAGCAACCACCACGAUCACACGUACGGACAAGCCGGCGUUGGCUACGGCUACGACAACAUGCAGCAGCUCAUCGGUGCGCGCUACAAUGUCGAGGCCAACCAAAUGUCCUCCCAGCUCGGUGGCAACAAGAUUUUGGUCGUUGCGCAGCUCGAGACGAGAUGGAAGUCGGUGGAGUAA